UCUUCCUUAUAUCCAUCUAAAUCUCCCCUCUUUUAGAUUGAAGCCAUUUCCCCUUGUCCUACCAUACUGAUCCUCCUACAGAGUCAGUCUCCUUCCUUCUUACAGCCUCUUCAGAUACUGAAGGCUGCUCUCCACCCUCCCUGCAGCCUUCCUUACUCCAGCUGCAUAGCCUCAGCUCUCAGCCUGUCCUCAUCAGGAGGUGUAGGGAGGUGGACCACUGCUCAGACUCUGCAGGUCCCUCUGAUGGCAUCCCAUCCCGGCAUGUGGACAGGACCGCACAGCUCGGUGUCAGCCACGCUGCUGAGGGUGCCCUCAGUGCACUGCUGAUGUCACUGAUGGAGAUGGGAAAGACACAGAUCCCAGCACUGAGCCCUGAGGGACACCACUGUCACCGCUCUCCGUCCGGACGUGGAGCUGCUGACCACAGCUCUCUGCGUACAUCUCACAGCAGUGCCUCAUGCACUGAACGGUGCCACCCAUCAAGUCCACGUCUUUCCCAUUUGGAGAGAAGGACGCUGUGGGAGACCGCGUUGAAGGCCUCACUGAAAUCCAGAGAGGUGAUAUCUGCAGUUCUUCCCUCACUCACUGCCACAGUGAUGCCAUAACAGAAGGCGGUGGGUUGGCCAGACAGCCCCUGCCCUUGGUGAAGCCGUGCUGGCUGUGCCGUGCCACCCCUUCUUCCAUGUGCCAUAGCACAGCUUCCAGGAGGAGCUGCUCCAUGAUCUUCUCCAGCACAGAGGUGAGACUAACAGGAGCCCGUGACCUUUGAGGACAUCGCCAUCUACCUGAGCCGUGCAGAGUGGGACAUGGUUGCAGAGGAGCAGAGGGAGCUGUAUCGCAGCGUCAUGCUGGACAACUAUGAGCUCUUGGCAUCACUGGGGUACCCAGGCCCCAAACCUGACAUUCUACAUCGGCUGGAGCAUGGGGAAGAGCCAUGGGUCAACGCACCACAGAGCCCAGUGAAGUGGGAUGGACCUGACAGGCUUUUUGGAUGCAAUGGGGACAAGAGAUGGCUACCAGAGUCGUGCUGCAGCAGGUGGCUGGAUGUUGACAAGCACAAGGUGCUGGAGAAGAGACACACCCCUAGCCAUGGAGAACAACGUGAGCCGUGGCUGCUGCGGUCCAGCAGACUGCUAAAGAAGUUUGGGUGUCUUGAAGGUAGGAGUGAGUUGCGGUCAGAGGCAGCCAGCAGCCAGCCAGUGCCAGAGGGAAGCCAAGAGAAGGCACAGAUGGGCUGUUUGACCAGGAAUUCAGAAACAGAGCAUGAACGAGGGGUCAAGACAGAAUUAGCACAAAGCAUGGGAAAUGUGACUUCUUGCAAACGUCUGCACAAUAACUGCAUAGAGACGUUUCAAGAGACUUUACAAAAACCACAUAACGUUUUAGAGGAAGUAAGUGUUUUCCAGGCAAACAGGGAACACGGGAAAUCUGCUACUAAGGAUCUGACUGAAACUGUUCUGGAAGACCACUGUUACUGUGUGAGUAAUACAUUGCACCGCACUCAAUUUCCACAUGCUCUGAGAGACCAUGACUACUGCGGGAACAGUAAUAGUGGUGUCUCAGUGCUCAGAGACCACGAAUACUGUAAGGUACAAAGGUUUUCUUAUCAGGACAGAGUCCGUAAAGUUAUUUGCCGUACUUGUAGGUUUCGUGCCAUAGCUUACAGGCUAUCAAAGCGAAAAUCCUAUGUAGAGCGUAUCAUCUGGAAAGCUAAGCGAAGCGUGCGAUUUCUCAAACCCACCUUCAAAAAUUUGCGGUUUUCUCGAGCUUUAUUCUGCACAAAAUGUCUUUCUGUAUCUCCUGUGUCAUCUGUUCCUCUGGCUAGGGCAGAUGACUCCACAAAGGAAACUUGUGGGGCAUUUUGUCCUCCUGCAGAGCAGGUGACUGUGCCCCAGCAGUCUCAGAAGAAAGAAGACUCCCAAGAGGUGACUGUGCUCCCACAGCCUGAGAAGGACUCUCAGGAGGAGAUAUCAGAAGCACCCAGUGACCCUGCAGCACCUCUUGAAUCAGCAGCUGCAUCUCCACCCCCCAGUGAAGCUUGGAAGGUGCAGGGUGUAGCAGCACAACCUGAAGCGCUUGUGCACCAAGGGAUGCAAGAGGCAGAGUUGAUCCAUGAGCCUGACACUCAUCAAAACACUGAAGGAUACAAAAUUGUUAAUACAAAUUAUGUGUUGCUGCACGAUGCUUAUGAAAUGGUCGUGUGGACUGUUGAUCACAUGCUGGAGUCUUCAUGCCAGGCAUUUGAGCUUGGUGACUAUACUCAGUGUAAGGAAAUGCGGUCUGUGAUUACCCAGUCUGACAGCUGACCACCAGAACGUGAGCAGCUAUGCCUGCUCUGCCAUGCUGAACAGACAGAACCCUGCAGCAAAACCUACUAAUGUGGCUUAGCAGGAGAAACUGAAAGGUGUACUAAGGGAUCAGUGUAUAAAUGGAUACUACCACAUAAAUGGAUGCAAAACUUGGUUUGUAAUGCCCGCUGGGAAAAGUGUGAUCACCUAGGAGGCUUCAGGGAAAAGGCAGAGGAAGAGAACAAGCAGGACUGGUGCAAGUAAAACAGGAAGAAGCCUGGGAAAACCUGGAAGAGAUGGGAGAGUAAGGGCAAAUGUGUGUUAGCAGUCUGCUGACUGGCUUACUCUCUGGCUGAGCUGUGUGCGAUCACUGUGGACUUUCUCCUUGUUAAACCAUUGCCAUCUGUUUGAGUGAGCACAUGCUCACAUGUACGUCAGCAUGCGAGCUGUGCUCGCUUGCCUGGGCUGGACCUGGCAGAAGGGGAUCUCAGGGUGCUGUGCACAGCUCUGCCUUGGUGCAGGCAGCGUGUGUGGUGUCCUGGGUUCUCCCUCUCAUAAUUUAAGCUUUUUGACCAUAGGGGAAUUUUUAAGAUGGAAUGAUAAUCUCAUUGUUUUUAAAGAGACACUCAUAUCCCACUGUUGUGAAAGCAGGGGAGGGCGUAUCGUGCAAAGCCUUGUUGCGUUCCCAUGUGAAAGCUAUUGGAAAAAAAACAUUGCAAUGGGAGGUGAGGUUCUGAUACUGAGAAGGCUGAGAAGAGAUGCUGGGGUUGCUUUGUGCCAAUGCAGCCACAUCCAGCGGCCCUGCCACAGGGCUAUGGCAGAUUCCAGCAGCUGAGAUGGCGGUGCCUUUUAGUUGGUCUCUGUUUCUCAUUACUCAACUGUAUUUUCAUCAUCAAUAAAUGAAUUUUCCCCAUUUUCUUGAGUGUAACCAAUGAGUAACAUCUGUGCCUUACUUCCACUGUGGAGCUUUUCAAACACGUGAUACCCAAACUACAUCUGCCCUUUGA